AUGGGAUCAAAGGAUAAAAACAAGAAAGGGGGAGAACAGGCAGCUGGGGAUGACAAUGAAGGGACAAAGAAAAAGAAAGACAAGAAGAAGAAAAGCUCAGUGAGGGAUGAUAGUGACGAAGACAACAAGAAGACGAAAGGCAAGAAGAAAAAGAUUGAAAAUUAUGUUGAAAUCUACGAGAGGGAGCUCCGCGACUAUGAGCCGGAACAAACAGAGAACCACGAGGAUGAGUAUCACAAGAAGAAAGUGUACGAGGUAGUGACCAUCACUGGAGAUGAGCGAGGAGCUGGAACUGACGCCAAUGUGUUUGUCACGCUUUUCGGAGAAUUUGGCAUCACACCCAAACUCCACCUGGCCAGCAAGAGCCGCACAGCAUUCGAAAAGGCCAAAACGGAUGUGUUCAGAAUUCGAACUCACAAUGUUGGACCUUUGAAAAAGAUAAGGAUAGAGCAUGACAACACAGGCAUGAGUGCCAGCUGGUUCCUGGACAGAGUGGUGGUGACGGAUGUGAAUCGGCCUCACUUGAGGUUCUAUUUUUCUUGUAACAACUGGCUCAGUAAAGAUGAGGGCGACGGCAGUUAUGUCAGAGACCUGCUGGGCAGCAUGGACUCCACGGAGAUACCCAGAUAUAACAAAUAUUUAGUGACUGUAUUCACUGCGGAUAUAAAAGGCAGUGGGACAGAUGCAGAUGUUUUUAUCAAUAUCUUUGGGGAGUUUGGAGAUACAGGUGAGAGGCGGCUUAACAACGACAAAAAUAACUUUGAGAAAGGGACAGAGGACAAGUUCACUAUAGAAGCACCAAACUUGGGCAAAAUCAGGAAACUCACCAUUGGCCAUAAUAACAGAGGCUCUUCAGCAGGAUGGUUUGCGGAUAAGGUGAUUGUAGAUGAUAUGGGAAACAAAAUAGUGUAUGAAUUUCCGAUCAAUCGUUGGUUUGCCACUGAUGAAGAUGAUGGAAAGAUCCAGCGGGACAUUUUGGUAGGGGGAAACCAGCCCACAGGUAUUGUGUACAACGUCCAGGUUGUGACAGGGAACAUCCGAGGUGCAGGGACCAAUUCCAAAAUCCACAUAGUGAUGCAUGGCACGAAGGGCUUGAAGAACAGUGGCAAGGUGUUUUUGGAAGGAGGGAGCUUUGAACGUGAUCUGACAGACAUAUUUAAUGUUGAGAUUGCUGCACUCCUCAGUCCCAUGAGCAGGGUCACCAUAGGACACGACAAUGAAGGAGUUAGUGCCGGCUGGUACUGCGAGAAGGUUGUGGUGUACUGUCCAUUCACGGGAAUCGAGCAGACCUUCCCAUGCGGUAAAUGGCUGGAUGAGAAGGAGGGAGACGGGCUGAUAGAAAGAGAGCUGUAUGAGAUGGUCUCACUCAGACAGAAGAGGCAGAAGAAGAACCCCUGGUCCCUGUGGAUAUGGACAUCAGACCUGCCAAGCGCAGGAACCGAUGCAGAUAUUUCUUUCCAGGUGUACGGAGAGAAGGGCAAGUCAGAUGAAAUUAGGCUGGCCAACAAAACAGACAAUUUUGAACAGGGACAGGUGGACAAGUUUAUGGUCGAGCUGCCCAAUUUGGGAAAACUAACCAAACUCCGCAUCUGGCAUGAGAAAAGAAAUCCUUUUGCUGGAUGGCAUCUCAGCAAGGUAACCCUGAUGAAGUCAUUAACAAAAGAGAAGUAUACGUUUCCAUGUGAGCGGUGGCUGGACAUGAAUGAAGACGACAAUGAAGUUGUGAGGGAGCUUCCUGCCACUGGAGAACUCAUCGAUGAAACGUUGCCCCUGGUCAAAUACAGAGUGACAGUGUGUACGGGGACUGUUGGUGGCAGCGGCACAGAUGCAUCAGUUUAUCUCAAUCUGAUUGGAGACCGGGGGGACACUGGAGAACGGCUGCUGGUCAAUUGCAAAAACAACGUCAACAAGUUUGAGAAAGGAAACUUUGAUGAGUUUAUAGUCGAGGCAGGAGCCAUUGGGCAGAUCCACAGAGUGAGGAUUGGACACAACGGUAAAGGAGGAGGCUGUGGCUGGUUCCUGGACAAAGUGAUUGUAAGAGAAGGACAGGCUGAGGCCAACGCUGUGGAGUUCCCCUGCAACAGGUGGCUGGAUCGCAAUGAAGAUGAUGGACAGAUCGUUAGGGAAUUAGUGCCGUUCUCAGAUGGACAGCGUCUUUACAAUUACAGCUAUCAUGUUGCGGUGAAGACAGGUAACAUCCCCGGGGGCAGCUCAGACUCCAAUGUGUUUGUGAAGCUGUACGGAGAGAAAGGUGACACCAGUAAGACGAUGCUGGUGGUCUCUGCCAAUAACCUGGGGAACUACUUUGAGUCGGGCCGUGUUGACAUCUUCACUCUGGACACAUUUGAUAUUGGACAGAUCAACCGUUUGCUAAUUGGUCACACCAAUGAAGGCAUGAAUGCUGGCUGGUUCUUGGACAGUGUUCAGAUUCUGGUUCCAGUCCAUGGAAAGAAUUACAUGUUCCCCAGUCACCGCUGGCUCUGCAAGGACAAAGCUGAUGGGAAGACAGAGGUGGAGAUUUAUCCGAGUGAGAUCCUGGACAUGGAAAAGCUGAUCAACUAUGAGAUCCUAGUUUUAACUGGAGAUGUGAUGUUUGCUGGCACCAAUGCCAAAGUGUUCAUCCAGAUCUACGGGGACAAUGGGAAGACAGAAGUCAUCACCCUCCAAAGCAGAUCUAAUAACUUUGAGCGCAACACAGUGGAGAUUUUUAAGAUAGAAGCCAAAGAUGUGGGGAAGAUCUUCAAGAUACGCAUCGGUCACGAUGGCUCUGGGAUUGGAUCUGGCUGGUACUUGGAAUUCGUGGAUGUCAAACGUUUAAUCAUGGCUUUGGUGCCCAAAGAGAAGAAGAAAAAGGAGGACAAGAAAAAGAAGAAGAAAAAAAAGAAAGAUGAGGAAGAUGAGGAUGAGGAGGGGGGAGAGGAGAUGCAGCAGGUGGUGCUCACUUAUCAUUUCCCCUGUUCGCGCUGGCUGGCUGGCGGAGAGGAGGAUGGGGAGCUGGUGGUGGAGCUGCUACCAGAGGAUGGAGAGCAUCUCGAAGGCAACACCUAUGAAGUGUGUGUCUUCACCGGUGACAUCCUGGGAGCUGGGACGGAUGCCAACGUCUACAUUAAUAUUUAUGGGGAAAAUGGAGACACGGGAGAGCGGCACCUGAGCGAUUCUGACAACCUCAACAAAUUUGAACGAGGGGAGGAAGAUGUUUUCAUCGUGGCAGCUAUUGAUCUGGGCCCUUUGAAGAAGCUGCGAAUCCGUCAUGACAACACCUGCUCUUACUUAUCCUGGUACCUGGAUCGUGUUGAGAUAGUGGACACGAAGGAAGAUUUAACUCCUGUUUUCCACCAAACAAAUCUUAUUCUCUGUUUCCCAGUUGUGCCUUAUGAAAUAAAGACAUACACCAGCGACGUGUUUGGCGCGGGCACUGAUGCAGAUGUGUUCAUUGCCCUGUACGGAGUCAAUGGGCUGUGCACGCAGCAGAAACACCUGUGUGUCAACAGGAGAGAGCGACGGCUGUGCUUUGAGAGAGGAGCUGAGGAUAUGUUUAUUGUGGAGCUGGAGGAUGUCGGCGAUGUUUUGGAGAAAAUACGGAUUGGACACGACAACAGGGGCACCAAUCCGGGAUGGCACCUUGACAGGGUGGAGAUCAGGCGACUGCUCCAGAAAGGAAAGGGUUCAGAAACUACCAUUUUCCCAUGCGAGUGCUGGCUGGCCAAGUCUGAAGAUGAUGGGGAGACAGUGAGGGAGCUGGUCCCCUUUAGUAUCGUCACCCAGAAACUCCUCAGGGAUGGAACAUUGAAGACAACUGAAACUGAGGUUGAGAAUCCUUUGGAGAUUCACUCGUACAAGGUGUCUGUGAGGACGGGUGACAUGUACAAAGCUGGAACUGACGCCAACGUUUAUCUCACCAUUUACGGAGACCUGGGAGACACAGGAGAGCGCAAACUUGCAAAAUCUGAGACCAGCAAGAACAAAUUUGAGAGAGGACAAGUGGACAAGUUCAGUAUGGAGGCUGUGGACCUGGGACAGGUGUUUAAGAUACGUAUUCGUCAUAAUAAUUCCAUUGGUGGUGCCGACUGGUACUUGGACCAAGUCGAGGUGCUGGAUGUAGACACGGAAGAAGUUUACAUGUUCCUGUGUGAGCGCUGGCUGUCAACGAAGAAAGAGGACAAACAAAUAGACAGGACCUUCUUUGUCAAGGGGUAUGAAGGUGAGAGGAACACCGAUCCAUAUUUCACCAAAAUGUCCCAGGCCAAAGUAGGACUAGACAAAAACGCCAACAAGAAGAAAAAGAAAAAAAAACUGGCAGUGGUCGAAGAAGGUCCAAUCAUUCCCUAUCACUUCACGGUCUCAACAGGAACUGAGCGUGAUGCCAGCACUACAGCCAGGGUUUUUAUCUUCGUCAUGGGCCCGAAUGAAGCGGAGACAGACCGGCUCUGGCUGGACCUGGCAGAGGGAGAGAAAUCCUUCACAGCUGGCUCCAUGAAGCACUUUGUGUGCUAUGGGACUGACGUAGGAGAGAUCAAGCGGGUCGAACUUGGCCAUAACGGUGUCACACCAGAGAGCUGUUGGCUUGUGGAUGAGCUGUCUGUUGCCGUGCCAACCAAAGGUAUCAAGUACAUUUUUCAGUGUAAGUGCUGGCUGGCAAAAGACAGGGGAGAUGGUCUGACUGCCAGACUGUUCAGUGUGCUGGACUCCAGCUCGAUCAACAUCAUCCGCAAAGUUAUUUAUUCAGCCACAGUUGUCACGGGAGACACUCAGUAUGCAGGAACGGAUACCAACAUUUUUCUGACAGUGUACGGAGCCAACGGAAGUACAGAGGAAAUGCUCCUGCCUAAAAAUGGAGAUAGGUUUGAAAGAGGCCAAGAAGACACAUUUACUCUCGAAAUCGAUGACAUUGCUCCCUUGAAGAAGAUCAGAAUUCGUGUUGAUGGCAGUGGCAGCCGUCCUGACUGGUUUCUGGACAGGAUCCUCAUGCGAAAUCUGACAACGGAGGAGGUCUAUCUGUUCACUUACGAGAACUGGCUGUCUAGCACCAUGGGGCAGAAGAGGACAAAGGUGUGUGAGCUGCCAGCUGUGGUGGAUGAUGAAGAGAUGGUACAAACAACAACCUACAUUAUUCAAGUCCAGACCAGUGACAUCACAGGUGGCGGCACUGAUGCCAACGUGUUCUUGAAUGUGUUCGGGGAGUACGGUGACACGGGGACGCUGCCUCUGAAGGAGAGCGGCAACAGGAACAAGUUUGAGCGAAAGAUGAAGGACGUUUUCAGGUUUCCCGACAUGCUCAGUCUGGGUGAACUUUCGAAAGUCCGAGUGUGGCACGACAACGAAGGCCCUACUCCUGGCUGGCACCUGGAAUAUAUAGACGUGAGAGAUGAAGCCAUGGACCAGACGUUCAGGUUCCCCUGCGACCGCUGGCUGGCCAAAAAUGAAGAGGACAGGCAGAUCAUGAGGGAGCUGGCUUGUGCCAACAACGACACCGUAGACCUCAGUGACAAAACCAAAUAUGAAAUUGCCACGACAACUGCUAACACAGACGAUGCCUCCACCACGGAAAACACCUGGGUUGCAUUGGAGGGAAGGAAAGCUCGUUCCAAGGAGUUUGUUCUGGAGAAUAAAAAAAAGAAGUUCUUAUGCGGUGCCACUGAUACAUUUGAGUUUUCGUCCAAGCACGUGGGAGAAAUUGCCGGCAUCUGCAUCGGCCAUAUAACGAAAGAUGGAAAAAAGGUGAAGAAAGAAGCCUUCUGGCAUGUCAUGGAGGUGGUGGUGACAGAGAAGGAGCUGGGAAACAAGUAUUUUUUCCACUGUGAUGCAAAAAUACCCCUGGCAGCCAAAAAGGACCAGUUCCUGACAUUUGAGUGCUACAAAUCCAUCGAGAGCUUUGCGAGUAAAGUCCGCAGUCUGGUCCCCGUUAAGUAUAAAAUCAUCAUCAUCACCGGUGACGUCAAAUGGGCUGGAACAGACUCUAAUGUUUUCAUCACCAUCUACGGUGUCAACGGAGACUCUGGCCAGCGCCAAAUGCGGCAGAAGAUGCACAAUCUCUUCGAGCGAGGCCACGCAGCCCGCUUCGUCCUGGAGAUGCUGGACCUCGGGGAGCUGCUGAGGGUCAGAGUGCAGCACGACGGCAGCGGCUGCACCUCUGGGUGGUACUUGGAGUGUGUGGAGGUGACCAACACAGCUACCUCUGUCACAACCAUCUUUCCAUGUGGAAAUUGGUUGGAUGCUCAGAAGGCUGAUGGGCAGAUUCAGCGAGUGCUCUACCCUCGGUAUUAG